AUGACCCACACAGCAUUCUUCUACGGCACCCUAAUGGCCCCUCCCGUCCUGCACCGCGUAAUCUGGGGCUCCCCGACCCCUCCCACCCCCGCCCACGCUUCCUUGCUACACAUCCGCCCAGCAAUCCUACACGCCCAUCAGCGCAGAAAAGUCAAAGGUGCGGAUUACCCCGGCGUUGUACCCGUUACCGCUACCGCUUCGGUGAGGGGCACCCUCGUGCAAGGUCUCACAGACGGCGAUAUAUGGCGGCUCGAUGUAUUCGAGGGGUCGGAAUACGUGCGUCGGAAAGUUGGCGUGCGCGUUCUGCUUCCCAGUCGGAAAGUUGAAGGGGGAGGAGAGAAGGAGGAGGAGGGUGGAAUGGGCGAUUUGGCACAGAGAGAGGAGGAUAAUGUCGAGGGAGAGGAAGUCGAGGCGGAAACGUAUUUUUGGGUUGCAGGAGAGCAUAGAUUGGAGGGUGAGGAGUGGGAUUUUACGGAGUUUGUGAGGGAGAAGAUGGGGAGGUGGGUUGGGGGUGUGGAACUUGAAGAUGUCGAUAAUGCAGUAGCAGCAGCACAAGGCGAUCCAACCGGUGGCCGCGGCGCAAACGGCGAUAUAACACGGCAGUUGAACCAAGAGAGCAGGGCAAGCAGGGAGAUACUAGAGAGUGCAGUGUGA